UCGUGUACUGUUGGAAAAGUCGGGAUAGGAUCCAUUGUGGUGCUUGUGUGAGUCUGAGUGAGAUAGGAGCAGAAACAAGCUAUACCCGUAGAAGCAAUACGAAAUCGGAAUAAAGAGGGGAAGCUGCAAUGUGCGAAAUAAGAUCAUCUAUUAAAAAGGACAAAAGCGACUCAUGGUAAACAUUAAUCAGAGGGAGAGUUAAGAAGCGACCUCAAAACCGUUUAUUUCUUUACAAGCCAGCUGUUAUCUGGAGGGAUUUUUGAGUUUGUUUUCGCGAGUAACGCUGGGCAUGCAUAUUAUAUCUACUUUAGUCCUUUUAUUUUCGUCUUAAGUGCUCCAAGGUGUCAAGUCAAAAUAUUCAGCUGCAGUUUGGAGAAUAAGCCUCGCGUUUGAGUGCUGAUUUGAAACUACAGUACUUCUAUAUACAGCAGAGAGUCAAGAAAAGUCGAAUGCAGGCUGCUGUUGAGUUUUCAUAUGGCGGGCUUGCAAAACGUCUGAAAAUAUGGGGCACAUAGUUCUCGCUGCAAUACGACUCCAGCAUUGCUUCCUAAAUAAAGAGCUGUAGACUAUGAACAAGAAGAAAUCUGGGCCUGAUUAGACAUGAUGGUGAAGCUCUAAGGCAUCAUCAGACCUUCCCUUAGUACCAUAUAGUGUUAUGUGAGACCAUGCUGCGCCUCCUUUCCCUCAAGUUCGGCCGUCUGUACCGAUGCCUGAAGUUCCUGUUCGUCAUUGGUUUGUUCGUCAUCCUGCUGAUGAACACUCACAACUUGUUUGCCUCUUUCCAAAAAAAUGAACUCACGGACCGUCGCUUCAUCAACCUCAACAAGUGCCCCGCUUGUUUUGGCACAAGUUGGUGCCGCAAGUUCAUGAAUGGGCAGAUCUCGUUUGAGACAUGGGGACGAUUGAGAUUCCUUGACUUUUUCAACGUGAAAAAUGUCUAUUUUGCACAGUAUGGGGAACCAAGGGAGGGGACCAGGAGGAUUGUUCUCAAACGCCUGGGGUCCAAUCAGGAGCUGGCGGAGAUCGACCAGAAAAUCUGUAAACGAGCCACAGGUCGACCACGCUGCGACCUGAUUCAAGCAAUGUACAAGACUGAAUUUGCUCGCCUAAACGGGGAUGUUCGGUUACUAACUCCGGAGGUUGUAGAGGGGUGGUCAGAUCUUGUGCACUGUCCAUCUCAAAGACUGCUGGACAGAAUAGUAAGGCGGUAUGCUGAGACUAAAGAUUCAGGGAGUUUUCUGCUUAAGAAUUUAAAGGACACUGAACGUAUGCAACUGUUGAUGACCUUGGCAUUCAAUCCAGAACCCCUGGUUCUUCAGAGUUUCCCUUCAGAUGAGGGCUGGCCUUUUGCAAAGUACCUUGGAGCAUGUGGGAGAAUGGUGGCAGUGAACUAUGUGGGAGAAGAGCUCUGGAGCUUCUACAAUGCCCCCUGGGAAAAACGGGUAGACCUGGCCACACAGCUGAUGGAAAUUGCAGAACAGCUCACAAAUAACGAUUUUGACUUUGCACUCUAUCUCCUUGAUGUGAGCUUCGACAACUUUGCAGUUGGACCCAGAGAUGGGAAAGUCAUUGUUGUGGAUGCCGAGAAUGUUUUAGUAGCGGAUAAAAGAUUAAUAAAACAAAAUAAACCAGAAAACUGGGAUGUUUGGUAUGAGAGUAAAUUCGAGGACUGUGACAAAGAGGCCUGUCUUUCUUUCUCAAAGGACAUUCUCUGCUCGCGCGUCACAGUGGACCACAACUACUAUGCCAUCUGCCAAAACCUACUUUCUAAGCAUGCCAUGUGGCGUGGCACCACUGGGGGACUGCUUCAUGACCCUCCAGCAGAAAUAGCCAAAGAUGGACGACUCGAAGCCCUGUUGGACGAGUGUGCCAACCCCAAAAAACGCUACGGGCGAUUUCAGGCAGCUAAAGAACUACACGAUUACCUUGCGCAACUUGGCAAUAAAGCAAGGUAGUGAAUGGAGCUGUUGGGCUUUUUGGAGGCUCUGUUUUGAGUUGUCUUUUUUUUUUUGUGGUUCUAAACUGGGCAGCAUUGCACAGUCUUUUCCCCCUCAUAAGUCAGCUGUUUUUUUUUCAGUUUCUUCUUUUGUUGUUGUUAUAAGAAUUGAGUUUUUGUAUUUAAAGGAUGACUAUUAUGAAGUGAUUAAAGUUUGCACUUAUCCUGAGUGUUUGCAUUUUCUUUAACUGGAGGGUGAGUGGAAGUUCAGUGUACAGCUGGAUAAAAUGCUGAAGGCUUUAUAAAUGCCACGCAUAUUAGAGGGAAGUCACAGUUAUAAUAGUGCUCAAUUUUGAAUUUGAUUCCUCUUAUAGGCGUAUCUUAGCUGGUGGUCCCUUUUUCUGGUGGGCUACUUUAGAUAAGACACUCAUUUCUUUUAAUCUCCACUGGUUUCGUCUGUAGAACUUAUUGAACCUUUUGUAUUUUUUUUUGUAUCUGUGUGUAAAAUGAGUUUACAUUACUGUCUGUGUGGCCUAGAUGGAUUCUACUGGUAAAUCCUCUGGCAUUUGACACCUCUGGGUUAUUUAAACAGUCCUCCCAAUACUUGAGACAAGGAUAAUUGUGUGUCGUGUCACUUGACCUUUCCACCUAUGGAUGGCUGGAAGUGGUUUUUAUUCAAUAUUGUACAGUAGAUCUGUGUUUACUUCUAGUGUCCUGGAAUGUGGCAAUCAAAAAAUAUGUUGGCGACAGAGAGCAUUUGAAAAAUUGUACAUAAGGGGGAUGAAAUGCUUAUGGGACUGUGAAUUCCCAUGUAUCACAACAUUUGUGCAUAUACCAAAGAUUCUGGUUAUAUGUAUCCUAGAUCCCAGUCUUGCUUAAAAAUGCCUUUUUAUUUUGUGCUCCCUAAUGACUCAAGUGUAACUUAUGUAGGAAAUGGGGUAUGAGCAUGUAGUGAAGAAAUUCAUCAGUAGAAGAAACUCCUUGUGCUUUACCUAUUAAUAUUUGAUUCAGAUGGUUUCACUUGUAUGUACUGACUGAAAGCCAGAGGAAGUGAAUAUGAUGAAUUUAAAUGGUGCGUUUCUAUUGCAGUUGACCUGCACUAGGCUUUAAUUAGCUUUGAUAAAUGGCUGGCAUUAUACAGCUUUCCUCUGGUCCAAUAAGUAGUAACCCAAGACUGUUGUCUUAAAAGGGAGUUUAUACCUGACCACUUUUUUUAAUGGGUCUAGCAACAUUUGUUAUUUUGCUCCUUUUAUUUAAAACAAAAAGUAUGUAUCGAUAAAUAUGUUUACGAUUUUCUUCGGGUAGCAAACAGUUUAAGAAGUUACAGAGGUUUGGAAAUAAAGGUUGUGGAUUUUCA